UCGCGCACUCUUUUCUCGCUUUCGCUUCCGACUUCAACCCCGGCCCGCCAUUUUCAACGCCUCCCGCCUCUCAUCGCUGUCGAUGCAAACACGGUCCCUUCGAAAAUUCCUUAAACUUCUCGGAUUCCGGACCUGCGAAUUCCUCGCUUGAUCCGAAGGAUCCUCGCUCCGUCCCUCGAUCGGCGGGUUCGAUUCGCCCGAGAUUGCGAUUAGGGCUCGGGGUUGGUGCUCGCGUCCGCCGGAUGGGGAGCAAGGCGACGGACGAACUGCUGUCGACCGUCCGGUCCGUCGUCGGCGCCGAUUUCUCGGACAUGGACAUAAUCCGAGCCCUGCACCUGGCCAGCAACGACGCCACGAGGGCCAUCAACAUAAUCUUCGACACCCCCAAUUUCAAGACGAGGGAGCGGCCUCUGCCCCGGAGGAAUCCCGGGGUCGCGAAUCGCAACUCGGGCUCCAGGAGCGGCGGCGUGAUCUCGAAAGGGAGGCCGGACGAAGGAGGUCGCGGGCUGGAUGGUCCGGGCGGCGGGGCGACGGAUGGAGCGGUUUUGAGAGAGGAUGUUGAAGAUGGCAGAGAAUCAUCAGGGGCGGCGGAGAGCGAGUGGUGGUUGGUCGGGUGCGGCGAAGUUGCUGGGCUCUCCACCUGCAAGGGGAGAAGAGUGAAGCCUGGGGAUAAGCUGACUUUUACAUUUCCGCCGAAGCAGAGUGCCGCGUCGCCUUCGCCGGGAAAAUUUGGUAAAGGACGGAGCGCUGCAGCUUGUUCGGAGAUUGUGAGGUUUUCGACGAAGGAAUGCGGAGAGCUUGGUCGAAUUCCGAAUGAGUGGGCUCGGUGUCUCGUGCCGCUAGUGAGAGAUCAGAAGGUGAAGAUCGAGGGAUGGUGCAAGUCUGCUCCCGAAAUGUUGGGCAUCAUGGACUCGAUUUCGAUAUCAAUAAGUGUGUACAUCAAUAGUUCUAUGUUCCACGAGCAAAAGCAGGCCUCGCUCAAGGCAGCUAGUAAUGUUGCUGAUGAAUCUGUGGUACAUCCCUUCCCAAAUCUGUUCCGAUUGCUGGGCCUAGCACCAUUCAAGAAGGCUGAGUUGACUCCCAAUGAUAUGUUCCCAAGGAAACGGCCCUUAGAAUCAAAGCUUAGCUCUGGUCUUCCAAUCCCUUUGUCACGACCUAAUAAGUCUCAUAAUCCAUGUCAAAACGGAGAUGAAGCUGAAAAUGAGGAGCCCAUAUCAGAUUCUGAUGUCGACAGGAUAGUUGGUGUCGGAGAUAAUCUUGAUUUGGAGGAGAUGGAUCCUCCAUGUACACUUCACUGUGAACUUCGUCCAUAUCAGAAGCAGGCUCUUCACUGGAUGGUCCAACGGGAGAAGGGACGCUGCAUGGAUGAGGCGGCGACUACACUUCAUCCAUGCUGGGAGGCAUAUCGUUUGGCAGACAAGUAUGGCAUGAGGGAUCUUGUUGUUUAUUUGAAUGCGUUCUCAGGGGAUGCUACGAUAGAAUUCCCAAGCAUGCUACAAAUGGCUCGAGGAGGAAUUCUGGCAGAUGCUAUGGGUCUUGGGAAGACCAUCAUGACUAUAGCUCUCCUCCUCACUCAUAAGGGAAUAGGUGAAUCUUUGGGCAGUCAGAACAUAACUCAACCGCUUAAUGAAGGUGCUGAAACUGCAAACACGUUAGAGCAGUCUCCAAAUCCAUCCAAGAGGGAAAUCAAGUUCUCGGGCUUCAACAAGUUGAUGAAGCAGAGGAUGUUGAAUGGUGGCUGUCUGAUUGUAUGUCCAAUGACUUUGCUAGGCCAGUGGAAGGCCGAGAUUGAAACUCAUGUGCAACCUGGGUCUCUCUCUGUAUAUGUUCAUUAUGGACAAAGUCGACCAAAGGAUGCAAAGCUCUUAGCACAAAGUGACGUUGUAGUCACUACAUAUGGUGUUUUAGGCUCUGAAUAUUCUGGAGAGAAUUCUGGGGAGAGUGGGGUGCUUUUCUCAGUUCAGUGGUUCAGAGUGGUUCUUGAUGAGGCACAUACUAUAAAAUCCUCAAAGAGCCAAAUUUCUAUGGCUGCUGCUGCCUUAGUUGCCAAUUGCCGGUGGUGUCUGACUGGUACCCCCAUUCAGAACAGUCUUGAGGACAUCUACAGUCUUCUUCGGUUUCUGAGAGUGGAGCCUUGGGCCAACUGGGCGUGGUGGAAUAAACUCAUCCAAAGACCAUUUGAGGAAGGGGACGAGAGGGGCUUGAAACUGGUGCAAACAAUCUUAAAGCCGAUUAUGCUGAGAAGAACAAAGUUAACCACAGAUCGAGAAGGAAGGCCUAUUCUAGUUCUUCCUCCAGCUGAUGUUAAGAUCAUUUAUUGUGAAUUGAGCGAAGCUGAAAAGGACUUCUACGAAGCACUUUUUAAAAAAUCGAAGGUCAAGUUUGAUCAAUUUGUUGAGCAAGGCCGGGUUCUUCACAAUUAUGCUUCGAUAUUGGAGUUACUUUUACGUCUUCGCCAAUGUUGUGAUCACCCAUUUCUUGUGAUGAGUCGAGGGGAUACACAGGAAUAUGCUGACCUGAAUAAGCUAGCGAGACGUUUCUUAAAAGGAAGUCUGAGUGUCCUGGAUGAGGGGAACAGUAAUGCACCAUCGCGGGCUUAUGUUCAAGAGGUCAUGGAAGAGCUCCGCAAGGGGGAAGUAGGAGAAUGCCCGAUAUGUCUUGAAGCCUUUGAAGAUGCAGUUCUAACAUCUUGUGCUCACCGCUUAUGCAGAGAGUGUCUUUUGGCAAGUUGGCGUAAUUCAAAUUCUGGUUUAUGUCCUGUUUGUAGGAAAACUAUCACUAGACAAGAUUUGAUCACGGCACCAACUGAAAGUCGUUUUCAAGUUGACAUUGAGAAAAACUGGGUUGAAUCAUCCAAAGUUUCUGCUCUCUUGCAUGAACUUGAGAACCUUCGGUCUUCAGGCUCAAAGAGCAUUGUUUUCAGCCAAUGGACUGCCUUUUUGGACCUUUUGCAGAUUCCUCUUUCUCGAAAUAAGUUUCCAUUUGUUCGUCUGGAUGGGUCUCUCAGUCAGCAACAGCGUGAAAAUGUGAUUAAACGGUUUUCAGAGGACAAUGAUAUUCGGGUCUUACUGAUGUCAUUGAAGGCUGGUGGGGUGGGAGUAAAUUUGAUAGCUGCUUCCAAUGCUUUUGUCCUGGAUCCAUGGUGGAAUCCAGCAGUGGAGGAACAAGCUGUCAUGCGCAUUCAUCGUAUUGGGCAAACAAAAAGUGUGAUGAUCAAACGGUUCAUUGUGAAGGGAACGGUUGAGGAGAGGAUGGAAGCAGUGCAAGCACGCAAACAGCGAAUUAUAUCCGGUGCUUUGACGGAUCAAGAAGUUCGCACGGCACGUAUAGAGGAGCUGAAGAUGCUUUUCACAUAGUCCUCACAAAAUUCCCAUUCUAGUGAUUUUUUUGAGAUGACUUGGAGCUAGAAAGCCAUGAAGAUCCAGAUUUCUCAGAAACCAGCAUAGUAAAAGAAUCCUCGCUUUGCUUUGCUGUGAAAGAAGUUGGGCUAUCUAGGCUCGCUAAUUCUAGAUUUAUCAGGCUCCGGUUGGAGGCAAGUCUGAUAAGGUCAUUCGGGGCCAUGGAUGUUUCAUAAGUUAAUGGAGAGGAAAUCAGAGCAGGCUUUGAUGCAAUUGGUUUUUCAUGGAUAUUUGGGGGGUUCCGGUUCCCGUUCUUGGUAGGACUGAACUCGAGAACAGUUGUAUGGGAGCGAGACGUGGGAAAACGUUGAAAUGAAGGGUCGGGUGGAUUUUGUAUGUUCCAAUAUAGCUUCAUUUCGACAGAAUCAACAUAUUGCGAUUCGUCGUCGAAAUAAUUGCAUUAUUUUCUCGAAAGUCGAAUGUAAAACAUGUUGUCUUGGUGCCUCGGCUUUGUACAGGCUUAAGCAUAUGAUAUGCGCAAGCUUAUCUCAGUAAGACGAUCGUAUGGUGUUAUAA